UUUUUGGAGGUCGAGCGCGCGCGCGCAAAAAAAAAAAAUCGUGAUUGCUUCUGCCCGAGGCGUUUCUUUCGAGUGCUGUGUGUGUGUGUCUGUCUUGUUGGUUAUAUCCUUGUGAAGGGCUCUUCUUCUUUUUCCUCCCUUUUUUCAUUCCUUUUUAUCUCGUGUUAUUUGUCGGAUAUGCAUUUUUGAGAGGGUUUCUGAUAUGUGUAAUGUGAUGAUCCUCUUCCCUCGAGACGCUGAGGCGCCCGCGGGAGGGACACACAUCGGACCGACCGGACGGUGCACUAUCGUGAAAUCCAAAACACAACAUUAUUCACUCGAGUCUAUAGUCUUUAUAUACGGGCUUUUCUUUAAACGAUGCCGAACGAUUCAUUCUUGUGUGUGUGUUGCACGCCUUUUAAUAACUUUCCAGGGGAAAACACGCAACAUUUCGCAGGAUAAGAAUAAAAAGGAAAAAUCAGUCAAGGUAGAACCGCGUUAUAUGGCCGAAGGUCGUAUUCACGAAAGAGAGAAUACACACACAUCUAUACAUAUAUAUAUAACUCUUCGACUGAUAUUUUUCUUUCAUCUUUUUUAGUACCCCGCUGGAGUGAGUGUGUAUAGUAGUUUUAUAGAUUUUCUGCCUGGCCAAAAAAAAAAAAAAAAAAAGAUUUCGAAGGCAACAAGUUAUGUAUUGUUUGACCGACGCCGCGAGAGAAUACCGUAAAAUGGUUGCAGCAGCAGUAGUAGUAUAUAGUCGCAUGGGGGAAAAAUCUACACGAUAACAACAAAACUCAAAUUCACAGCGACUAUUUUUUUGUGAUCCGCUUUGGGCUGGUGAGCUGCUGCUGGGAAAGGAUUAUACUACUAUAGCUCGUUUGGGGCCGGCAGCAGCCGCUUUGCUGGGCUCUCUCUCUCUUAUAGUUUCCUUUUCUUAAAGAGGGCGGGCUGUUUCAUUCAGUUGCCAAGCUGACUCGGUCUCGAGAGGAAGCCAGUGAUCGUGCCUCGUCCCUUCUUCUUCUCUUCUCUUCUUCUUUUUCCUCUUCAUCAUCUUCUUCUCCAAAAAGGAUAUAGUAAAGUGUCUGGUUGGUUUGUUUUGUUUUGCUUCUACGUCUCGGCGCGGUGCGUGUCGGCGGCCAAUCGGGAGCGAGCAGCACGUGCGGUUUUAUCUUCGAUCGUCGUGCGUCCACUUGGGAGAAAUAUCCAACUACAACAAGACACUCACACACCGUAUUUAAUAAGGUGGGAGGCGGUGGGCCGGCCGGAAGUGGGAGCCGGCUGUCGUCCCAGCAAACAGACAAGAUAGAUUGUUGGUAGAGAAAGAACUCGUUUUGAUUAUGAGCAGCAAAUUCCUGUGCUGCCCUUUGCAUUUUUCUUCGGUGGCGAGUGAAUGACAAGUAGUUGAAGAGAGAUGUGCGAGUGUAGCAAGCGACACCUGCAGCGGAACGGCGGCCAACUGGCCAGCAGCAACAACAUCGUCGUCGGAGCGACUUCAGCCGAGCACGUCAACGGCUACAUCAAGCACGUCAUGCGCCAUCACAAGGGAAGGGGAGGUGGCAACUGCCCACUAAUCAACCGCACCGCAACAACCACUCCCGUCCGCCACCACCAGCACCAGCCGCAUCCAACCAACAAAAACAUGUCCGAAUUUCCGGUGGAGAAUCAAACGGGUCCCGAACUGUCGGCCACGCAGACGGACAGCGGCGCCUUGGUCAACGGAUUGGCUUCCAGCGGCAGCAGUACACAUUCGGCCAGCGGACGAAGCUCGUCGGCCUCCGGAUCACAGCAGCAGCAGCAGCAGCAGCAGCAAGGCGACGUGGCGGCCAUGAUUGAGAAUUUCCAGCACAAGAAAACGGGGGCCAGCAGCCACAGCACGGCGGCCAUGCUCAACCGGAUCAACCAUCACCAGAGCGGCAGCAUCGCCGUGCCAGGAUCGGGCGGAGGCGGAGGCCCUGGCUCGAUGGUUGUGACAUCGGUGGCCGGAUCGCCCGGCACUACCCUCAUCAUUGGCAACAACAACAACCUCCCGGCCCAGCAACAAGUCGUCUCGUCCACAUCGUCGUCCACCAGCAGUUCACGUGUCAAGCGCUCCUCUCAGGUGAUGCAUCAUUCGAUGUCGUCGAGCGAGCAGAUUUCGUCGAGCAACAAGCACAGCAGCAGCAGCCAGCUCCAAUCGUCCAGCUCCAAGAUGAGCACCCAGGAAUUGACUUCCAGUUUGUCCGAGCUCAAGUCCAACAUGACCGAGAUGAAGUCUAGUUUGUCCUCCCACCUGGUGGCCGCCGCAGCCGCAGCAGCCGCCCAAUCUUCAGCCGCCUCCAAAUUCCCUUCCGCCGGACUCCUUCAGGGUUCGCUGGAAGGAUUGAACAUGGUCAGUGGCGAUGGCUCUGAAUUGGCCAUCGUCGACGUGGACCACGAUUUCUCGGUCAAUCCGGCCGGAUGUCUGGCCACCCUCAACAACAACAACAUCAACAACUCGAAUAGCAACGCCAACGGCGGCGGUGGCAAAUCUUCCGAGAUGAAAUUCGAGCAGACGCGAGUCGCCUCCGCCACGUCGACCAAGAUCACGCACGGCGACGGCUACAGCAGCGAGGAGGCGACGGCCAACGCCUCGCACAGCCGACGCCUUCAGGCCGACGGGCUCCACUACGAGGAGUCGGGCCAAGCGGCGGCCAUGAAAGCCCGGCUCGAGAUGGACGGCGUCACAGCCGAGAAAGCCGCAGCAGUCAAACAGGAGCAGAGAUCGUUAAAGGCCGGCGACGUGAGUCAACAAGAAAGUAGGACGACGGCAGCUGCUAGCAUGAAACUAACGACAGACAAUUUCAGCGCCGAAAAGGUUGCCAUGGCGACCCAGCAGCAGAAGCAAACGGUGACUUCUUCGGGCCGCUUCAACCAAGAGCGUCACGCGGCGGCCGCCUCCCAGUCCAAGUUGACGAUCAACGCCAAAUCGGUCAGGAAGGAGCUGUCGGUCGUUUCCUCAUCUCAGAUGAACGGAACCCUGGUAUCGCUAGAGGAUGCCGAUCUGAUGUCAUCGCUGCCUUCGCUUGACGACCUGGACAUCCUGGACUCGUCUUCCGAUUUGGCCGACGUCGAGCAGGCCAAAACCAAAUACACGGGCGUCAUGUCGAGUUGCGUGGAGCGGCUCAAGGAGAUGGCCAAGCGCAAUAAGCAGAGCCACAUGAUGCCCGUCUACCUUGACCGGGUCAGCCAAAUGGUCGGCAAGGCCUGGGCCGUGCCGGCCCCACACGGUCAGUCACUCGCCUCCUCCCUGUGCGACGUCCUGCGCCACGACGGCGGACUGGACGUCCUCAUCAACAACUGCGUGGCCGACGACAGCAAUCUCCAGCUGUCCAGCGCCCGCCUCCUCGAGCAGUGCCUCACCCAGGAGAACAGGGAAUACGUCGUCGAGUGCGGACUCGAUAAGGUGGUGUCGGUGGCGUGCGGGUGCACCGAGUCGUCGGCCCAGGUGGACCAGUCGCGAGUGGGCACGGGUUUACUGGAGCACCUGUUCCAGCACAACGACGCGACGUGCAGCGAGGUGGUCAAGUUGGGAGGGCUGGACGCCGUCGUCCGCGAAUGUCGCCGCUCGGACGUGGAGAUCCUGCGCCACUGCGCCGGCGCCCUGGCCAACCUGUCGCUGUACGGCGGCGCCGAGAACCAGGAGGCCAUGAUCAAGCGCCAGGUGCCCAUGUGGCUCUUCCCGCUGGCCUUCCACUCUGACGACAACAUCAAAUACUACGCCUGUCUGGCCAUCGCCGUCCUGGUGGCCAACAAGGAAAUCGAGGCGGCCGUUCUCCAGUCGGUGACGCUCAACCUGGUGGAGCCCUUCGUCUCGACCCACAAUCCCUACGAGUUCGCCAACACGGUGGCGGCCACCUGGCAGCACCACGCCCGCCGGGGACUGGGCCAGUCGAAAAACUGGCUCAAGCGGCUCGUGCCCGUCUUGAAUUCCAAGCGGGAGGAGGCCCGCAAUUUGGCGGCCUUCCACUUUUGCAUGGAGGCCGGAAUCAUUCAAAAGAGUCAGGGCAGCACGGACAUUUUCAGCGAGAUCGGAGCCAUCGACUCGCUCAAGUCGGUCGCCUCGUCGCCCAACGCCAUCGCCUCCAAGUACGCGGCCCAGACGCUGCGGCUCAUCGGCGAGGAAGUGCCGCACAAGCUCAGCCAGCAGGUCCCGCUCUGGUCCAGCGAGGACGUCCGCGAGUGGGUCCGCCAAAUUGGUUUCGACGACCACUGCGAAAGCUUCGCCGACGUCUGCAAGGUCGACGGCGAUCUUUUGCUCCAGCUGACAGAGGAGAUGCUCCGCGACGACAUUGGAAUGCGCAAUGCCAUCCUGCGGAAGCGUUUCAUGCGUGAGCUGGCCAUUCUCAAGAAGAUGGCGGAUUACAGCAGCUGUGACAAAUCGAGUUUGAACGAUUUCUUGCAGACGCUGGACCCGGCGUUUUGCGCCUACACUUACUCGAUGCUCAACUCUGGCGUGGAUAAGAAGAGCCUCCGACUCUUGUCCGAGGAGCAGCUCUUGACGGAAUGCGGAAUCAUCAAUUCCAUCCACCGGCAGCGCAUCUUUGACGCCAUCCGCGGAGAGAACGGCAUCUACGAUUACCUGGACAACAAGCCGCUGGAUGCCUUCAUCAGUUACCGACGAUCCACUGGAUCCCAACUGGCCAGUCUACUUAAAGUCCACCUCCAGCUGAGGAACUUUACCGUCUUCAUCGACGUCGAGCGCCUGGAGGCCGGCAAAUUCGACAACAAUCUUUUGCAGUCCAUCAGUCAGGCUAAAUAUUUCCUUUUGGUGCUGACGCCCAACGCGCUGGAUCGCUGCCUGGGCGACGACGAGCGGAAGGAUUGGGUCCACAGAGAAAUCGUGGCCGCAUUGGAAUCCAACUGCAAAAUCAUCCCCAUCAUCGACAACUUCCAGUGGCCGUUGCCCGAAGAUCUGCCCGAAGACAUGCGGGCCGUCUGCUACUUUAACGGCGUCCGAUGGGUCCACGACUACCAGGACGCAUGCGUGGACAAACUGGACAAAUUUAUGCGCGGCGACGCUUACGGCAAAUUUGACCACGUCCACGGUAGACGACCGCAAGACGGAGUCCUGACUCCGUCGUACACCCCCGGUUCGGCGUCGAUCCUCCAGCCCGGAGCCACGAUGCUGAGUCGCAACUGCAACAACAACGGCAACGGCGUCCAGCCAGUGCCGCCCUCAUACCAAAGGCAAGGAAGCAACGAGAGCGGCAAAGGCUCUUACUCAUCCGAUAAGGAAAUGGGCGGCAUCGGGAGUAAUGGAUUCUGCAAUGGUGUCGGUGUCGGAGGUGGCGGAGGAGCUAUAUCGGUAGCUAACCCGGUAGCUCUUCACAGAAAUCUCAGAGCUGUGUCACCCAGUUGCGCUCAACGUAGUCCCAGUCCCAGUCGCUCAUCUCUCCAGCAGCAGCAACAGCAAGGCCAGUGGCAGAAGCGUCUACUGUUGAGGGGCUCAGCCGGAGAGCGUGCUGCCAGUCCGUCUCGUUCCAUCUCUCCUCGUCCCAUUCCCAUCAGUCCGCUGGUUCAGCGCCGAAUCUCUGCGGGCCAACAUUUGCCGGUGCCUUUCUUCAACCAGGCUCGCAACGGAUGGGUGACGCCCAUCGGUUCCCUGCCUGGAGGUGUUCCAAGGUCUCGCAGCCUGGACACUGGCCUUUGCCACGAAGCCAAGUUGGAUCUAGAUCACAACCUUCCGUCGCGAAUCAACGAAGUCGUCAUUCCGGAUACCAGCGACUCGGAGGAGCAGGACGAGGUCCUGGAGUCGCCACCAGUGAGUCGGGUCGAGCCGCCCAUUCGACCCAACACUUUGUUCACCAAGUCGCCGUCCCCGCCGAUGGUGGUCGUUCAACAGCCCAGCCCGACGACGGAGCGGCCCAGCCGCCGGGAUCGGACGCCAGUGGUCCGGACGAAAUCCAAAGCGUCUCAGAUCAUUGUGGCGGCCAUCAAUCAGGCGGGAGCGACGCGCAAAGCCACUCGACGAUCCAUCGCCGGCGACGACGAGACCUCGGAACCCACGACGCCAACCGGAUCUGCCAAAUUCGUUGAUCGCUGCGUCACCAAAAUGAAAACUUUGAUCAACAAGUGAAUCUUAACCAAAAAACACUCGAGUGAAAAUCCUUAUUGAAAUAAAUUAAUGCAAGUGUGGGAAAACAGGAGAACAAUUGUGGGUGACUUUCAGAAAGUUCGUUAGUGCAACCAGUUCCGUGUCUCUUGGUUCUGUUUGCACGAGCCAAAUGAUUGAUUAUCAUUGGGGCAGCUCUUACCUCUGUACCACACGCACUUCCCAAACGCACCAGUGAUUUUUUUUUUUCUUUUUUUCGAUUUGUUCUUUCUGCAUCACGUGCUCUCGGUUGUCUUUUGUUUUUCUUUCUAUUCUCUGUGUGUGUGAUUGUGUCAUAUUUCGUUUUCUUUCUUUCCUUUUUUUUUCUCUCUCUCUCUCUGAAAAUUUAAUUUCGAAUUAAAAUUGGUCAUGUGUCCGACCCAAAUGUAUUUGUUUUUGGCGGACGGCUGGAUGUAGGAAAAGAGACAAGGUUGUGGGGAGGAAGUAAAACAACAACACAGUUGAACAUUUUGAAAGAAUUAUAUCGUGUCGUCCUUCAUGUUUCUUUAAUUUAUUUGCCUGUUGCAUUAUGACGUGUGUGCCUUGUGUUUAUGUGUCGAUGAUAAUCACGUGCCUUUGCGUAUAUACUUUUGCGCCCGCUGUGAGCUGGGGCCAUACAUUUGAUUAAUAACUCCUUUCGCCGCUGCCACUGCACCCCACGCAUAUACAUAAAUAUAUAUAAAGUAUAUAUAUAUGAUUUGAUGAUUAUACAAGAAAGUGCAGCUCGCUGUAUGAAUACAUUUUCUCCGUUUGGUUGUUGUUUAUUCAAUCGUUACUUCUCCUUUCCUGAUGCCAUCGUGAUGAAAACAGAAAUACACGUUUAUUUACUAUGCAAACGGAAAUUCCGCAUCGUUCCAUAUUAACGGACUAUAUUUAGUAGGGACGAUCCUGUCCUCUAACAGAACUUGUCCCGAUUCAGUCACCGCACGUUUUCCAUUAUAUGCUGGCUGAAUCAGUGUUUAAUUACUAGGCUUUAUUCAAGAUUUAUCUACUAAAUUCGAAAGAGUGAGCAAACAUAGACUUUCGCUAUUUAGGCUUCCAGCUAACUGUUGCGAUUUCCGAAGCCAAACUCAGCAACCAAACUGAAAUCAAUUACCUCGAACAUUUUCCAACGCUAUAAUCGAGUGUUGGAACUACUAAAAAAUACUUCUGGAUUGUUUACCUAAUUUGCUCGACACCGUG